GCGCAGCAUACACACGAUGCCUGAUGAGAGCAUUGUCUUCACUCCAGUCGCCGUCUCUACCCCGUCUACCGGUCUGAUCGUUCGUGGAACCCCGUCUUGUCCCGACCUGGCCUAGGAUACUCCUCCCUCGGUCAGCAUUCACAGCUUUACAACAAUCCAUGUGGCUUGUUGCAAAGCAAGUAUCUCGAUUGGUUCACGAUCUGUUCAACGCUCCCUCGGUCAACCGGUAGUCUUCGCUUGACGGCGACUGGAGGUCAUUCGACGCACACGACCACGCACACCACUCAAGCCAGACUGACCUUAACUGAAGAUGAUGCGCGGCAUCCAUGAGUUGUCAUCUUCACUCCACCCUGCGCGCCCUGCGCCUUACAACAACCUGACGUUAGCUACGCUGGUCUCAUCCUCGUCCUCCUAUGCGUCCUCCGAUCCAUCUUCCUCCUUCUCGCUCUGGUCCUCUGUGUCUUCACAACACUCUGACGGUACCGCCUCGACCGCGCCGACGUCUGGAUCCGACGCAUUCGAUGCCUACUGCAUUCCCAACCCCCCGUACUCCUCAUCGCAAACAUCAGCCAGCUCCCUUGGUAGCUCAUGUGGGCCCGCGAUCAAGCUGCAUGACCCCUGGGCCAAGCAGCCUGUCCAGUCACAGGCGCAUGUCGAGCUUCCUGCUGAAUUGCGCCAGAAUCCGCGGCGCACAUGCAACUCCGCGAUAUCUCGCACCGGGCGCCCGCCCUCGCUCGUGCGGCAAACUGACCGAAAGGUCAGCUUCGUCGACAACCUCGUUGAAACGGCAACCCACAUCGUCGAAGCCAUUUGGCCUACCUCAUCGGUGAUGUAUGGGAAUGAUGGCGGAAGCAGCGCCGUGUUGCCGCUGCGGAAGUUCAUCGAGGAGACCCUCCGGCGUUCCAGGACCAGUUAUUCCACUUUGCAGGUGGCCCUCUACUACCUGAUCCUGAUCAAACCUCACGUACCGGCAUACGACUUCACUACUGAGCAGCCGAAUGAUUGCCACUCCAUCCAGGCGAUUCAGUGCGGCCGCCGCAUGUUCCUUGCGGCGUUGAUCUUGGCUUCCAAGUAUCUUCAAGAUCGCAACUACUCAGCCCGUGCCUGGAGCAAGAUCUCCGGCCUUAACGUUCUAGAGAUCAACAGGAACGAGACGGUUUUCCUCCUGGCGGUUAACUGGAACCUUCACGUCACGGAGGAGGUUUACAAGCGCUGGGCGGAUUGCGUCUCAAGUCUGACGCCCACACAGCCUCCUUCUCCGGGCGGAGCUGCGCAGCAGCUAUAUGAACGCCAAUGCUACGACUUCCGGCGCAUCAUCUUGAACUUGUCCCCAGACUUGGAUAAUCUGGAGGAGCUGGCUCCCCGAUCGAUGUCCACUAACCACGUCUCGGAUCUCUUUUCCAGGCCGCUCUACACGCCUCCGGUGGAGCGUUCUUGUGGGUUUAUAUCCGAUGGCGAGUUUGGCCUGGCUCCCAAGCAUCAUGGCCUACCAGCCGUGAUGGAGCCAGCUCCGUCGGUGGCAUGUGCUCCAAAACGCUUCGCACCCGCACUCGGUCUCCUUCCUACGCCGCGCCUGACUCCUCAGACUGUGGGGUACAGCACUCCUGCAGCGAGUACUGCGUCCUCAGUCCUUAGAAGGAGCUCGUCGAUGGGCCUCGCCGUGGCGCAAGCAUCGGCAUCAAUGGCGGCUCAAACCGUCGAUCGUUGGCCGCCAUCCGCGACAUCGUCUCCCAUGGGCUAUGUGGCUCGUCGUUCGUCCCUCGCCAACUCGAUCUCGAGCGCGUCAUCGCCCGAGUCAAUGGUUUCGGAUUCUUCCGCGGUUUCCCGCUCAUCCUCGAUCUCUUCUGCACCCUCGGUAACCGCGCCGUCAUACAAAGCGGAUGUCCGUGCGCGGUACCGGUAUAAUGGGAAGUGCAGUGAGAGGUUGUGCCUGAAACCAACCAUUGCUUCGGUUCCCGAAGAUCAUGAGGCGGUCUGUUUGACCAGCUCACCAGAGUCCUACGGCGUCGCAGCUGGUAAAGAAUUCUGCGACAUCAUGGAUACGCCGUUGGCAUCACGGGAGCGUGAAAUGAACGAUGCCGCACAGGCUCUGCAUGAUCUACAGCGGUAUGGCGCUAGCCGGUCGGCAGUGCAAGUCAAAACUGGAAUCAAGCGGAGUAGGGCUCUUUCAAGGGAGAACGUGCUGCAGGACGAUGUUCGCGAGAUGCUCGCUGACCAAUACUCCCGCAACGGUUCUUGGCUCGAGACGAUGGUUCAACCCCAGCAGUCUUCACGGGCUUUCGCUUGGGACGGCAACAACAACAACAACAACAACAGCAGCCGCAGCAGCAACGGCAACAGCAAUGGCAACAGGCGCAAACGUGUCUGCUUCUCUACUGAGCCGUCGCUACCUCAUCUCAGGAUUCCCUCGCUUCGUUCAACCGUUGGAGGGUACGGCGGUCCAAGGAUGUGGGAUAGGAUCCUGAACUAGUUAACAUCCUACGCACCUUGCAUCACCAAACGCCAAAUGCCAAACCCCAAACGCCAAACUCCAAACGCCAUUCAUCCUAAACAAAUAUGGAUCGCACCUGGGACGUGGCGUUAAUAAUCCAUGCCACGCACAGACGGGGCUUGCUUCACUAUGUUCAUAUUGCUCGGUUUUGC